ACAAGUACCACAGAAACCAGUGCAACCACCUCAACAAGUACCACAAAAACCAGUGAAACCACCUCAACAAGUACUACUGAAACCACUGAACCCACCUCAACAAGUAUCACCGAAACCACUGAACCCACCUCAACAAGCACCACAAAAACCAGUGAACCCACUUCAACAAGUACUACAGAAACCAGUGGAAGUACCUCAACAAGCACCACCAAAACCAGUGAACCCACUUCAACAAGUACCACAGAAACCAGUGCAACCACCUCAACAUCCACCACAGAAACCACCAGUGAACCCACUACAACAAGUACCACAGAAACCAGUGCAACCACCUCAACAUCCACCACAGAAACCACCACCUCAACAAGUACCACAAAAACCAGUGAAACCACUUCAACAUGUACCACAGAAACCACUGAUCCCACCUCAACAAACACCACAAUAAACACUGAUCCCACUUCAACAAGUACCACAGAAACCAGUGCAACCACCUCAACAAGUACCACAAAAACCAGUGAAACCACCUCAACAAGUACUACUGAAACCACUGAACCCACCUCAACAAGUAUCACCGAAACCACUGAACCCACCUCAACAAGCACCACAAAAACCAGUGAACCCACUUCAACAAGUACUACAGAAACCAGUGGAAGUACCUCAACAAGCACCACCAAAACCAGUGAACCCACUUCAACAAGUACCACAGAAACCAGUGCAACCACCUCAACAUCCACCACAGAAACCACAAGUACCACAAAAACCAGUGAAACCACCUCAACAAGUACCACUGAAACCACUGAACCCACCUCAACAAGUAUCACUGAAACCACUGAACCCACCUCAACAAGCACCACCAAAGCCAGUGAACCCACUACAACAAGUACCACAGAAACCAGUGCAACCACCUCAACAUCCACCACAGAAACCAGUGAACCCAAUUCCACAAUUACCACAGAAACCACUGCAACCACCUCAACAAAUACCACAAAAACCAGUGAAACCACCUCAACAAGUACCACUGAAACAACUGAACCCACCUCAACAAGUAUCACCGAAACCACUGAACCCACCUCAACAAGCACCACAAAAACCAAUGAACCCACUUCAACAAGUACCACAGAAACCAGUGGAAAUACCUCAACAAGCACCACCAAAACCAGUGAACCCACUUCAACAAAUACCACAGAAACCAGUGAAACCACCUCAACAUCCACCACAAAAACCAGUGAAACCAAUUCAUUAAGCACCACAGAAACCAGUGCAACCACAACAACAAGUACCACAAAAACCAGUGAAACCACCUCAACAAGUACCACUGAAACCACUGAACCCACCUCAACAAGUAUCACUGAAACCACUGAACCCACCUCAACAAGCACCACCAAAGCCAGUGAACCCACUACAACAAGUACCACAGAAACCAGUGCAACCACCUCAACAUCCACCACA